AACGAAUGAUAAUCGCAAAUUUCCGAAACACUGGUCACCGGUCUAAGGCAAAAAAUUAUUUCGAAGUUCUUGUGUCUGUAUCGAUGAAUAUGACCAGUCUUUGAUUCGACGAUUGCUGGUUAGUGCAUAGACCUAUUAACUAGUUAAAUUAACUUAGUUAAUAGGUCUAUCGUCUAUGGGACAGCUUAAACUCAGUCAAUUGCUUUAAUUCAAAUGGGAGUUUGGAAUCGAGUAAAAAAUCUGUUAUUUGGCGUGGCUAUUGGGCGCACUGUAAUUGACACUUUUGGUUCCGUGGCCAGAGUUGAUGGAAUUUCUAUGCAACCAACAUUCAAUCCAAAUACCACAGUGGACUUUGUGUUUCUAUCGUAUAUUCCAGUGCGAUUUGAUUCUAUUAAGCGCGGUGAUAUUAUUGUAGCCGUUUCACCUAGAAAUCCAAACGAAACAAUUAUUAAGCGUGUAAUCGGUGUUGAAGGUGACGUUGUGGUAUCAACAAAGAGAAAUAAUGCUUCAAGUACUCGCAAAUUUAUACCUAGAGGAUACUAUUGGAUUGAAGGUGAUCACAAAGGCCACUCAUACGAUUCUACUAGUUUUGGUCCAAUUUCUAAAGGGCUUGUUGUUGCUAAGGUUUCAGUUAUAAUCUGGCCUCCUAGUAGAUGGCAACUACUUCAAUCUCAAGUUCAUAAAUAAGAGUUAACAAAUACAAGUCAUCAUUGCUUAACAUUCUGAGUUGAAAAGGAUACUCAGCAUCCAGUUGUAUAUGACCACUAAUUAUGAUGGCUAGAAGAGGAUCAAAGAAUAAAUAAAUUGAUAUUUAAAGUUUAAAUAUAUACGUAUAUAUUAUAUAA